UCAUUUCCCUCCUUUUCUCCCACGUGCGAUACAAACCCUUUCUUCCAUCUCUGCUUCGCGAUUCUUCUAUCUAUGCUGCCUGCAAUUCUCAAAAAACACUGCGCUACAGUAAUAAAACUAAAACGGUGCGUUUUGACCUUACGCGGCUUCUAUCAAAUUCAAAUAGUUCUCAGAAACCUUUCCUCUGAAAAAAUGGAUGAAAAUGCAAAACGAGAUUGGUCAAUCAACGACUUCGAGAUCGGAAAGCCACUUGGUAGAGGCAAAUUCGGAAGAGUCUACGUCGCUAGAGAAAUCAAGAGUAAAUAUGUGAUUGCAUUGAAGGUUAUAUUUAAGGAACAACUAGAAAAGUAUAAAAUUCACCAUCAACUAAGAAGGGAAAUGGAGAUACAAAUAAGUCUUAAACAUCCAAACAUCUUGCGUCUCUAUGGUUGGUUUGAUGAUGCCGAGCGUGUUUUCUUGAUUCUUGAAUAUGCUCAUAAUGGUGAGUUAUACAAGGAGCUUCGCAAAAGGGGUCAUUUCUCAGAGAGACAAGCUGCAACGUACAUUUUAUGCCUCACAAAGGCAUUGGCAUAUUGUCACGAGAAGCAUGUUAUUCACAGGGAUAUCAAGCCUGAAAAUUUGUUGCUUGACCAUGAGGGUCGUCUUAAGAUUGCAGACUUUGGUUGGUCUGUACAAUCUAAAAGCAAAAGACAAACCAUGUGUGGAACAUUGGAUUAUCUAGCUCCUGAAAUGGUAGAAAACAAAUCUCAUGAUCAUGCAGUUGAUAAUUGGACUCUUGGUAUCCUUUGUUAUGAGUUCCUCUAUGGUGCUCCUCCAUUUGAGGCUGAGAGUCAAGAGGAUACCUUCAAAAGGAUACGAAAUGUUGAUCUGAACUUCCCUCAUGCCCCUCUUAUUUCUAAAAAUGCUAAAAAUCUGAUAACUCGGCUAUUGGUAAAAGAUUCUUCAAAAAGGCUCUCACUUCAGAAGAUAAUGGAGCAUCCUUGGAUAAAAGAGAAUGCUAAUCAUAUGGGUGUUUGCCAGUAGUAUCAACACAUCCAAUUCAUAUGAUUGCUGACUUUUUACUUUGAAUUACCGCAAGACAUGUAACCAUAAUUCACAAUUUCACUACUAUAACUGAUAUUAGAAUGUAUAUAAUAUACAAUCAAGGUAAAACG